AACAUGAUGUUUCUCACGAUUGCGUACUCUACAGUGUUAUUCUAAUAAUCAGAAGUCGUCUGCGUGGAGGUAUUAUUUGUUUAAAUGAGGCAGUCAUUGCAUGAAACUCUUGACAAAAAUGUUAACGUUGAUGCUUGAGACUAAUCCGAUUGUUGGGCUGUUCUUCCUGCUGAUAACCUUCCAAUCCCUAGAAGGAAAUAAUAUCUGGAAACGUGAUGACGUUUACGACGACGAUUUGCUAUCCUUUUUUAACGAACGAGCGCCACGUCACAUGAACCCCGAUGCUCCCAUGGACAUCAGCGAUCCAAAACACGGGGUCAAGAUGGGCGUGCCUACCCGAUGGUGCGAUGAUGGCGUACAUGGCAUUGAGAUUGAUUGGGACCCGAACAGUUCUGUUGAAUACACCUGCCAACCUGGUGAAAAAGGGACAUCACUCCAGGGGAAAGGACAAUCAAAUGACUACAAGACCAUAUAUACUAAAGCCCCAGAAAAGAUUAUGCAUGCCUGCCUGAAUGAGACCCUUGACUACGAAUCACCAAUUCCAACCUCGGGAAAUCACCGACCACUGUGGCCGGUUUUCGGGGAGUACAAGUAUUUGCCGCCUCAAAGAUAUGCGCACGCCCUCGAGCAUGGAGCCAUAGCACUGUUGUAUAACCCUUGUCUGGCUAAACCGGAAGUUGUGAACAGGCUCAAGACCAUUGUCACCGGAUGUAAUUGGAAACACGUGAUCACGCCGUACAAAAAGAUUCCAGGCGGCAGGGCCUACGCUGUGCUGGCAUACGAAAACGCUUACCUGUUACCGAACUAUGAAAGUGCCGAUGAGGAUAUGACCAAAGUUAUCGAAUUUAUCAAGGCCCAUGGUUUGAAGGGACCGGAAGCUAACACGUCACAAAAUGGCCAGUAUUCCGCUGGGAUUAUUGAGCCUGCAAUUCCCGGAAACAACGCGUUAUGUCCGGGAUUGUGAUGCGCAUGCGUGAUAUGAUAAAAUAGUCUUCCCAAAAUAUGUUAAAUUAUUGUUUGGUGUAGGUCACAGACUACUAACUAUUUUCUUAUAUAUUCUAUAGACAAUUAACCAAAUUGCAUACAAAAUACCACUGAUUUCUAGAUCUUCACGACCCUUACAACAUAUAUUGAGAGAUCUUUCCACAUGUGUACUAAACAUUAAACAACGUAGGAAAACAGUUAUGUUUCAUAUAAGCGAAAAUAAAAUUGGUUGAACGUUA